AUGCAGAGUGCGGCCUCGGUCUUCGCUCCCCUUCCCAAAGGGACUCGGUGGGCUGCGGUGUCUGUUCCGACAUCCGCGGCCUCUUCCCAGGCCAGGCGGCACUCCGCUGGCGACUGCCUCGUCAAAAGGAGAUGCGCUGCGACGACGCGGCCGCUGCUGGGGAAUCGGUAUUUUUUCUCUUUUGCGAAGAACGCGGACGGACGCCUAGACAGGGAGCGAGGGGACGGGGACUCAUCCAGGGAACGCUUCUGUCGCCGCACGUUUCCAUUCGCUUGUGGCGCGGCGGCCGCAGGAGCGGUUGCCGCGACCGGUUUGUCCUGGGGUUCACAUGCGUCCGCUGAGAGAAAAGACGUCGCCGCUGCGUGUUGCGUUCCCCACGUACGGUCCCAGCCGGUGCCCGAGAAAUGCGCUCGAGGACUACAGCACCUCAGAGGAAGGCGUCUCGCCGAGGGGGGGGAACGACUUGUCCCGAGUGCAGUGGCGUCGUGCUCGGAAACGGGAAGCGAGGGGAAGGAAGGUUCUUCCGGGUCUCGCGUGUUGUACAGCUGGGGCAGCGGCAUCGACGGCCAGUUAGGUCUCGGCGGCAGUAUCCUGAGUGUAUCUACACCUCAGCGGGUUCCAGCCUCGGCUCUCCACGAUGGCGAGUGCAUCUCGCAGUGUGCAGCAGGCGCUUUCCACUCCGUUUGCUGCACUUCCUUGGGCCGAGUGUUCACCUGGGGACGGGGAGGAAAGAACCGUCUGGGACACGACUGGCCGCGGGAUGCACCCAGUUCCGCCGUCUCGUCCGGCGACAAACCACUGCGGUCUUCGACUCUGUCCUCGGGCGUCGCGGAGACUGCAGUACAGACUCUUCCCAAGUGUGUAGAAGGGCUCUGGCGGGUGUCGGCGCGCGUCGUCGCCGUUGCCUGUGGCGAGGACCACACACUGGCUCUUACAGAGUCGGGGGAAGUCUACAGCUGGGGAGGGAAUGCACAUGGCGAGUGUGGGCGUGCAGAGACUUCGGACAAUGCCGAAGCGGAGGGAGGGGGCGAAAGACAGCCAGCGCGAAAACCACGAAGGAGUUGGUUGUGGGGCGUCAUACGAGGCGAUAAAGGCGAAGGAGAUGUAGAUACAUCCGAACGAGACUCCAGCGCGAGUGAUGCAGACAGUCCGUGGGCCGGGCGAACGGAGAAAGAGCGAGGUCUUGUGGGUGGCCGAGUGGAUGGUGCUCUGCGCGGGAAGCGAGUUACUCAGAUUGCAUGCGGCAAGCAUGUUUCCGCAGCCGUUACUGAAGAAGGAGACCUGUAUGUGUGGGGAGAGGGCCGAGGGGGACAGGUAGGCCCUCCGCCGUCGCCGAGCAGAAGAUCCCAGGACCGAAAAAAGUCAGACUGCAUUUCAACGUCCAGUUCGGGUCUUUCCUUCAAUGUCCGUACACCACGGAAGCUGGAAGUUUACGGCCUCGCUGAGGGCGAAGAAGCCUUUCGAGAAAGAACGCCGAAGAAGGUCGUACAAGUUGCAUGUGGAUCCUCUCACUGCGCCGCCUUGACAGAGAACGGUGAAGUUUACACAUGGGGAAGUGAUGAUUAUGGCCAGCUAGGCUUGGGCAAGGAGUCGCGGUUUGUUCUCAGUCCUCGGAGAGUAGAUACACUCGCCGACAAGAAGGUCGUUUCCGUUCGAUGCGGUCACUUCUUCACGUGCUGCACGACGUCAACAGGCGAAGUUUUUGUGUGGGGGUAUGGCCGAGAUGGCGAAUGUGGAAACGGCCGUAGCGACGCCGCCCUUCCGGUCCUCAUUUCGACUCUGGAGCCUCAACCAGGCGGAAGGAAACGUGGCAGGGGGAAAGUUGUCGAUACUGUCGCAGGAGGUGGGCACCUUGCAGCCUGGACAGAGGAAGGCGGUCUCUGGAUGUGGGGUCGGGGUAGGGAGGGACAGUUAGGGAGAGGAGACGCCAUUGAGAGCGUCGCGGCCAGCAGAGAUGUGCCUCAGUUAGUGGAAGAGCUCUGGGGCACGUCUCCGGGUGACAAGACACCUCAGAGAUCGCCAGAUUUGCGUGCAGUCACACGGAAAGAGGGGGACGAAGGCGCGCACAGAUCCCAUGUCGUUGCAGCGUGGUGCGGCCAGGCCCAUACACUCGCGCUUGUAGAACCGAAUGGAAAGACAGAUUUUACUGGUUGA